AUGACCAAGGCCAGGAGCAAGGGUGGGAACCCGGACAAGCUGGACGGCAACAAGCUGGACCUGAGCCUCAGCGACCUGAAUGAGGUCCCGGUGAAGGAGCUGGCUGCACUGCCAAAGGCCACCAUACUGGAUUUAUCCUGCAAUAAAUCGAGUAGUCUACCGUCGGAUUUCUGUGGCCUCACACACCUGGUGAAGCUGGACCUCAGUAAGAACAAGCUGCAGCAUCUGCCAGCUGACUUUGGCCGUCUGGUCAACCUCCAGCACCUGGAUCUCCUCAACAACAGGCUGGUCACGCUGCCUGUCAGCUUUGCUCAGCUCAAGAACCUAAAGUGGAUGGACCUGAAGGACAACCCCUUGGACCCUGUCCUGGCCAAAGUGGCCGGUGAUUGCUUGGAUGAGAAGCAGUGUAAGCAGUGUGCAAACAAGGUGCUACAGCACAUGAAGGCAGUUCAGGCGGAUCAGGAGCGAGAGAGGCAACGGAGGCUGGAAGUGGAACGAGAGGCAGAGAAGAAGCGGGAGGCCAAACAGCGAGCUAAGGAAGCUCUGGAGCGGGAAUUGCGGAAGCGAGAAAAGGCAGAAGAGAAGGAGCGUCGGCGGAAGGAGUAUGAUGCCCUCAAAGCUUCCAAGCGGGAGCAGGAGAAGAAGCCCAAGAAGGAAGCAAAUCAGGCCCCCAAAUCUAAGUCUGGCUCCCGUCCCCGCAAGCCACCACCCCGGAAACACACUCGGUCCUGGACUGUGCUGAGGCUGCUGCUUCCACUGCUGCUGCUGUGUGUGGCUGGUGGGCUGGUUGCGUGUCAGGUGACAGCACUGCAGCAGCAGCCCCUCUGUACCAGUGUGAACACCAUCUACUACAAUGCUGUGCAGGGUCUGCGCCGCCACGAGAUCCUCCAGUGGGUCCUGCAGACCGACUCCCAGCAGUGA